UUGAUUCCAAUAAUUGUUAUAAGCCUUUAUAGUAGUUAUAAUGGAGCAUAGUCAAAACUGGAGCCAUGAUUUAGCAGAUAAAGAAGGUCCAGAAUCUCCAAAAAGCAUAAGAGAAUCUCCAAAGCCAGGUUUCCACCCCUCUUCUCCUACUCUCUCUGAGCACAACCUCAGCCUCUCCACUCAUCCAAUCCUACCCUCUUUGGCCCCUGAAGAUCCUCCAAUUGCUGCCUCCUGAACUAGUGUGUCUCAGUCACAAAUUGUGACUAGCUCUAGUAAGCCUACCACUUCACUUCUCUCAAAGACAGUUACUCCUGAAGUCAAGACAUCUCUGAGUCCAGAACUUGGAGCUAAUACAGAUCCUAACAAACUUUCAACAAGAAAUAAACUAAGAAAAUUGAGAAAAGAAGUGAAUACCCAGAAGUCGCUAAAUAAAGAGCUCAGAAACAGUCUUAGUUCGGUAAAAGGAUGAAACACCAAGCUCAAAUAAAGAAAAUAUCUUCCAGAAAUCUAAAAUAGAGAAACUUCGAGAAGAAGUUGAUAUGCAAAACAAGUCCAACCAAGCCCACAAAAGAGAGAAACUUAUACUUACCACCAAAAUAGAGAGCCUGGAAGACACCAUAGAUGGGCUUAAAGACACGAUAGCUGUAAUGGAGACUCGCUAUGAAGAGGAGCAUGGGCAUAAGAGGCUUGUAAUGCCGAAAGCCUUAGACUCAGAUCACAGACUUCAUGAAGCUGAGAAAAAGAUUAUGAUUCUUGAAAUAAGGCUCAAGCAUGCUAGAGAGGAGCAACAGCAAAAGGUUCGCAGAGCUGGAAACAAACUUUUACAAGAAAGAGCCAAUGCUCUUGAAGGAUAUUUUAAAGUAAUUAGAGAUAAAGGAGAAAUAAAAAAACUUGAAAGUAAACUAAGGGCUGCUAAACAGAAAAUCUCUAAAUCCAAGAGAAAUUAUAAACUCCUUCAGUUCAACUACAAAAAGCAAGUAAAAAUAAACAGUGAGUUAUCGAAGAUGCCUAAGAGUAUUCCAUGAACUACCCCCUCCCAAACCUCACUCAUUUGUCAAUCCACCAUGAAUAAACUGAAGUCCUUAUUAGAGUGUCCUGUAACACACUCUAAAAUGAGCUCCCCUUGCUCUUUACCAUCAGGUCAUACCAUCGCUAAAAGCAAGGUAGAAGAGCUGAUCAAAUCUGGUUCCUCAGACCCGUUCAGCGGAGAACAGUUGAGAGGUAAGCCUGUGCCUAAUAAGUUUGCCGAGAGAGUAUUUGAAGUUUUGGAGGAAAUGGAGAAUGAACUUUUAAGCUAAUUUUGAUUAUAAAUCCAUGGAAUUUUGCA